UGCCUGUUACUAUAUAAACACAUACUGAGAGAGGUUGCCUGCGCUUCUCACUACACACACUCAGAGAAACCUGUAUGUGAAAGACAGAUAGAGUUCGAGAGGGACAGAGAGAGAGUGACACGACAGAGAGUGUGUGUGUGUGAGUGAGAGAACGAACGCUACUAGUUGGGAAAGAAGGUAUAGAGAGACAGGGGAGACGACUAACGGUUGCCUAAAGCAGCAUCAGAAGACUCGGUGACGGUCUCUCUCUGGCUCCACCGGGCUCCCGCGCGCUCUGCUGCAAGAACUAACUGCAAAACGGAUUAUUUAAUUUUGUAACAUUUUUUUAAAUUUAUUUUUCUCUUCGUCUGCUUCUUUGAAUAACACUUUAUUUUACAAUCUUGAGAAAGAUUUAAGCAGGUAUAAUACGUUUUUUUUUUGCGGAAUAGAGGGUGAGGGGUUAUUCUGGGAAGGUUUUCCUCUACUUUCCAUUUCUUGUAACUUUUUUUAAAAGAAAAGCCCCAGUUUAUUUCCAGAAUACUUUCCGAGACUCGCUCACUGUUUCCACGUGCGCUCUGAGAGCGGGACAAAUACUUGUCAAACGGAUCUUUUUUUUUUUUAUCCCGUAUUGUUAUAUUUUCUUAUUUAGGGAAAUUGACCUACAAAAAUCAAACCAAAAAAUGAGAUUUCAAACGUUAAUUCAUCAGUUUCCACUCUCGAUUAAUGCUUUCCUUCAUUAAAGUUAUUGAAGGUGACGUUUUUUAAAAGGACUUUGUAACAUAUUUCUUUACACACUGAUUGAUAACCUUGGAGCUGCGAGAGGGGAGAGAGUUCAGCGCGUCAACUGUAGAGUGACUUAUAGCCCCAUUUACUCCAUUGAAUUGUGAUCUAUUUCAACGACAACAAAAACUAGCAUUUUUAUAGUUAUUUAUUUCAUAAUCACUCAAUUACAAUCAAUCAAGUCAUUUUUAUCGAUAACCAUCGAUAUAUUGAUUGAUCAUCCUCAGAGCAUUUCCAAAUCCUUACAACUCAACUUCCCUCAACCUGCACGGUGGUGAGAUCAGUGAUUUCCUCCUCCCCUCCACCACCACCAUCACCCAGACACCGACCCUUCCUCGCCAUGCUAUUCGAUAACUUUGACCUGGUUUCAGCAUUGGCCACCCUAGCGGCCUGCGCGGUGUCCAUGGUCCUCCUCCUAGUUGUGUCCCAGCAACUCUGGCAGCUCCGAUGGACGUCGACCCGGGAUAAGAACUGCAAGCUGCCGAUGCCUAAAGGUUCCAUGGGGUUCCCCAUCAUAGGAGAAACCUGCCACUGGCUCUUCCAGGGUUCGGCGUUCCACGCAUCGCGGAGGCAGAAGUACGGCAACGUCUUCAAGACCCACCUGCUGGGACGCCCCCUGAUCCGGGUCACCGGUGCAGAGAACGUCCGGAAGGUUCUAAUGGGAGAGCACACGUUGGUCAGCGUGGACUGGCCUCAGAGCACCUCGACCCUACUGGGACCCAACUCACUGGCCAACUCUAUAGGAGAUAUACACCGCAAGAGGAGAAAGGUCUUUUCCAAGGUGUUCAGUCAUGAGGCUCUGCAGUCCUACCUCCCUAAGAUCCAGCAGGUGAUCCAGGAGUCACUGAGGCUGUGGAGCUCCAACCCAGAACCCAUCAACGUCUACAGGGAAUCCCAGAGGCUGUCGUUCCACAUGGCAGUGAGGGUACUGCUGGGGUUCAGAGUAGCAGACGAGGAGAUGAGACACCUGUUCAACACCUUCCAGGAGUUUAUAGACAACAUCUUCACCUUACCCAUAGACCUGCCUUUCAGUGGAUACAGGAAGGGUAUCCGUGCCAGGGACACACUGCAGAAAGGAAUAGAAAAAGCCAUCAGGGAGAAACCCCUCUCUUCCCAGGGGAAGGAUUAUAGCGACGCACUUGAUAUCUUGCUGGAGAGCGCAAAAGAGAACGGCACUGAACUCACAAUGCAGGAACUCAAGGAGGCGACCAUUGAGCUGAUCUUCGCAGCGUUUGCCACCACGGCCAGUGCCUCCACCUCUCUCAUCAUGCAGCUCCUACGCCACCCUGCCGUGCUGGAGAAGUUACGAGAGGAGCUCCGGACCAGGGGGAUCCUCCACAACGGCUGUCUGUGCGAGGGGGAACUGGGUCUGGACACCAUCGUUAGUCUGAAGUAUCUGGACUGUGUGAUUAAGGAGGUGCUGAGGCUCUUCACGCCCGUGUCUGGGGGUUAUAGGACGGCCCUGCAGACCUUUGAACUAGACGGGGUACAGAUCCCAAAGGGUUGGAGUGUGAUGUACAGCAUCAGAGACACACACGAUACCUCCUCCGUCUUCAAGGACGUGGACGCCUUCGACCCCGACCGCUUCUCCCAGGAACGCUGCGAGGACAAGGAGGGACGCUUCCACUACCUUCCGUUCGGCGGCGGCAUCCGCUCCUGUCUCGGGAAACAGCUCGCCACUCUCUUCCUCCGUAUACUGGCCAUCGAGCUGGCCAGCACCAGCCGGUUUGAGCUGGCGACCCGGAAUUUCCCUAGAGUGGUGACGGUGCCGGUGGUUCACCCGGUGGACGGGUUGAAGGUGAAGUUCUACGGUCUGGAUUCUAACCAGAACGAGAUUCCGUCCGAUCUACUUGCCGACAUCAAAACGGAAGAGCUGCUGGGAGCCGCUGUGUAGAUCGUUGAUUUGGAUUGGACGAAGUAAGGGGAAGGAGGAAGGGAGGGAUGGAAUAGAGGGGGAGGAGGAGGAUGGAUGGAGGACAUGGCAGAGAGAAUAAAAGGAGGAUGGGAGGUCAGGAUCUAGCAACCCCCCCCCCCCCUCAUUUUGCUGAUGUCUUGGAAUGUUGGAUGUCUCCGUUGAACUCUAAAAAGGAACAUUCUGAAUUCCGAUCCCUUCUCUUUUGUCGUGUUGUUGUUAGUCAUUGGAACUUUCUGGGAGACUCUAAGAAGAAGGACAGAAGCUGCCAAAAAAGGUGUAUAAUCUCUAUUCCGUUUGUUUUCCAAGAAAUAUACAAAACUAUGUAUAAAAUGAAAAGUAAUGUAAUAUAAUGAAUGAAUAAAAAAACAGAAGAUUUAAUGUUGAGAGAAGUUAUGCACAAUUCGGAAACAGAUUCUUACGGGGAGUGUAUUUGGAUUAGAGGGAUGGAUGCAGGUAGGGAUAGAACAGGGUAUAAUGAUUUAAGAAGCUUAGGGAUAACAGACAGGAGAGAGAGAGAGACUCUUAAAGUGAAUGAAGCAUCCAGAGCUAGAGAGAGAAGGGUCAGAGGUGGGUUCAUACACACUUGUAUAUAGCAAGGUGCUCCAAAUCCAGUCCUGGCAAGUGUUAAGGUUUUACAGGCUUUUCUUCCAGCCGUGCUCUAACACACGUCUCUCACACAAUCCAGCUAGCAACCUAUCAACUAUCACGAUUAGUCAAGUGAGUCGUUUUUACCCGGAAAAUGGACUAUAAUUCUCCAAGAUGGGGUUGAAACGGAGACCCCCUGCUAUAAAGGACUUCAGGGAGAAUGCAAAAGAGAGACUCAAAACCUGGAAAGGACUUUAGGAUUGUGUGUUAAUAGCUCAGGUGUGGAAGGGGAUCUUUCAUUGGACUUAUUUUCAUAUCUUCAUUUUUUUUUUUUACUCAACCUGCACAUAAGAGAUGAUCAGCUGUUCCCAUAUCAUCCCCCUUCCCCUUCAAACCCUCGAAUCUGUGCUAUGAUGUCAUCGGACGACGUGUCCGUGUGUCCGUCGCUUGGCCUGAUAUCUGCCUCUUUGCUUGACUGGAUGUGUUACGGACAUAAAGGAGAACCAUUUUUCUAAAGCUAUCAGAAUCGUCUAAGCUGGAGGAAGAAUGAUAGAGAGAAAGAGAAGGGGAGAUAAAGAAAGAGAAGACGCCAGGGAGAGAUGAAGAGAGGGAGAGAUAAAGGAGGAGAGGAGACCUAUAUACUUGCUGCUUGAGAGUUGCUUUGUUUUUGUUUUGUAUUUCAGUUGGAGCAGAGUGUUGUUGUACUCUGUGGGACGUGAAGGUGGCAUUUUGACUAGCUGCUCCUCUUUAUCAACACAAAAAUGCAAAAUUGAUUUAAAGAAAAAUCUAAACUUUAUUAGCUAAUGAGAUUUAACAACGUGAGACGAAUGCACAAUCAGAUUCAUUUUUGGAACUUAUUACUAAUCCCAACACCAGGAAAUGUCCAUCAUGGAUACGGAGAGAAAAUACUUCCAAAACAAAACUACUUCCUUUAUAACUCGUCAAAAGAACACUUAGAACUUAAUGAACAUUCCGGAACUCACAAACAUUCUGGAACUCACAAACAUUUUUGGAAUUCACAAACAUUCCGGAACAUUCUGGAACAUUCUGAAACCAAAUCCCGGAAUCCUUGGACAGUUGGGAGUUUUAUCUGGAGGGAGCUAGGACCCAGGGACUGUUGGGAAAAGCUUCUAUAAAUGAUAUUCUACUACCGUCUUCUACAGAUAUAUAAUGUCUAUAGUGUUAAAGACGUAUAUAUUCUGGGACCAACUACACCACUGAUUGUCUACACAUUCUAUAAGUACAGUGAGCUGCUUCUGUGUUUCUAAAUGACAGUUAUAGAAGUGCUAUCAUAUAUAGAUUGCAAGUGAGAUUCCUCGACAUUUUUCGUUUUUUUUAUUUUAUUUUAAAAUUGUAUUUAGCAAAUAUUUGUAUUUUGUGAAAAGCAAAGAGGGAGUUCUGUUUAUUCUGAUUCUUGUGUUUAGUAAGUAAGCCUUGAGUUAACACCUGUUCUAUCUAAUACCCUAAUAUUAUUAUUAUUGACUAUUAAUAUUUCUUAUUGUAAUAAAAUAUUAUUGUUUUAAGUUGCCAUUUUUAUUAUAUUUCCAGAGUUUUAGUAUAAAUGUCAAAAGUCUGUUUGUUGGUAAAUAUCUUUAUAUUUAGUACGAUAUGAAUUAUUUCAGUUAUAUUGUAAAACAGCGUUGAAUAUGUUAAUAUUGUUUAUUGUAAUAAUUAUUCUUAUUUGGGGUUAUUAUUAUAAUUAUCAUUAUAAUUAUUAUACUAAUAAUUAUUAUUAUUAUCACCACAUUCAUUUAUUAUUAAUAUUAAGAAGACAAUUACUUGCGAGGUUCAGUAUUGAAGUGUCACAUGGCUUCAUUGGUUAUUUUCUCUGUUUGUGUCCCAUUUGACACCCUAUUCCCUAUACAGUGCACCACUUUUGAUCAGAGUCCUAUGGUAUGUAGUGAACUAAUUCGGGACUAGGGUGUCAUUUGGGAUGCAAGUCUAUCGCUGUCUGUCUGUCUUUCUGUAUAUAAUGUGUAUUUCAUUUUCCAGAUCCCAACAAUUCACUUAGUUCAAAUAUGAAUGUUUUUCAACUGUGAUUCUUAAAUGUAAUAAAACUCCUGUAAUAAAAUAUAAUGUGAAAAUUAA